GUGUGAUUUCUGAUCAUUCAGGCCACUACUAAUGAUGGUGCUGACCUCAGCACAAAUAAAAUCAAUUUGCCUGGCCAUACUAGAAUCAGGAAAGCAGUAUGCAGUGAAGAAGAGAAAACCAUUCCCACUCAUGUAUUCCUACUAUGGAACAGAGUAUCUUGGUGCAGCACAUGGGCUUUCAUCAAUACUUCAGAUGUUGCUUUCCUAUUAUGAGUACCUGCAGCCAGCAGAUCAGGAGCUUGUGUGGCAGAGCGUUGAUUUUCUUAUGGACCAAGAACAGAACAGCAACUGGCCUCCUGAGCUGGGAGAGACAAUCGAGCGGGAGAAUGAGCUUGUACACUGGUGUCAUGGAGCUCCAGGCAUUGCAUAUCUGUUUGCCAAAGCUUACCUGGUUUCCAAGAAGCCUCAAUAUCUGGACACUUGUAUUCGCUGUGGAGAGCUAACUUGGCGGAAAGGCCUGUUGAAGAAGGGACCUGGAAUCUGCCAUGGAGUGGCUGGUAGUGCUUACGUGUUUCUGCUGCUGUAUAGGCUCACUGGAAACUCAAAAUACAUAUACAGGGCACAAAGGUUUGCAGAGUUCUUAUUUACAGAAGAAUUUAAGGCUGGUUCCCGGGCGUUAGAAAGUGUAUAUAGCCUGUAUGAAGGCUUCUCGGGAACUGUGUGUUUCCUGACUGACUUGCUGCAGCCCAACCAAGCUGAGUUUCCUCUCUUCAGUGUCUUUGUCUAGAGAGCAACAUUCUCCAGGGCCACAUCCUAGUGGCGAGGGGAGGGGGCACUGCGGUUUCACUUACUUGUCGAGAGAGGCUAUUUACAAAACAAGCCAGUGGUACCACUAAUGCUAGCCUUAACGUAGCUGGGAGUCGGGUGAAAAAGAAAAUACACUGGGGCUUUGGGAGGGAAGUGUGUGGUCAAAAAAAACGGGUCAAUGACAAAAAACAUGGGGGAAGUGAUUGAAUCAGAUAGGGUAGAUAUUUAGCUCAAAUACAAAGCAAAAUCUAAUUACUCAAGUGAGAGAGAAAGAGGCAUUAUUAAACUUUUAAUUUGGUGGUUACACAGGGGAAAAAAAAGGCAAGCUAGAAUUACAGGGACAUGCAAAGAAGAAACAGUGAUGCAUCCAGUAGGUUUUAAAAAGAGACCUGCAAAACAAAUCUUGCAGCGAUGGACUUAGUGGGGAGGGUGUUGUAGACAUGUCACUACACUUCACAAAGGCAAAAUCUGCAAUUUUUUACCUAAACCACAUCUACUAGUUCUAGUAACAUGUAUUAGAAAUAUCUGUAUCUUGCAGCUCUUUCAUCUUUGUACACAUAUAAUGAUCGUCAUGUAGAUAGCUGUAUAUUCAGCCUGUAGUUUCACAGGUUCAUUUCAGCUAGCGGGGUUUCAUGUGUGUAAAUGAGAACUGAAUUUGACCCUUCCUUUCAGAGCUCAGUCUGUGGUGAGGAGCUGGUGUCCUUACUGAUUUCUGUAACCACGUCACUUCCUGUCAGUAUUUUCCCUGUCACAGGGAAGAUGAGUGGAGCCACAGACAAGGCUUGGAUCAAAAAGUUCUAUAGCAAAGAUACAGCAGGCAGAUGCUUUUUUCAUGGUACAGCAUUACUAGAUAAAUAUUGUUCAGUGAUGCAAAAGCUUCCUUUACAAAUUAAUUAUCUUUAGCAACAUUCCUGAACAAUAACAUACAUAUUUCAGAGAAUGGAAAAACUGUUUUCCUUGAUGAAUUUUCACUACAAACCCUGCAAUCUGAAUGCAAAACCUUGGAUGGCAUACUGAUCUUAAGAAAAACCAAUACAACUCAAAAAUGCUUCUUCUCCUAGUUAACAAAAUAAUGUAUAUGCCCAAAUGAUCUGUAACUAUAGAAAUAAAUGGGUUGCUCAACACUAGUUGCACUAGCACUUAAGAUUGCAGUUAUAUGCUGUUUUAUAUUUAUUAUAUGUAUGACAAGGUACUUGAAAGCUGAAGAAAAUGCUAACGUAGGUUUGUACUAAAAAAAAUAUAAAAUCAAUAGUUAUUUAAAAUAUACUUACUAUUUAUUUAUUUUUAUUUAUAUGGGAAUAAUGUAAUGCAAUUAUCUUUAAAGACAGAUUUGGGAAGCCCAGUAUGUCAAAAAUUGCAGUUAGGGUAAAAAACUGCCAAACAAUUCAGUCUCUCUUCCUGCAUUCUCAGCUGGAGGAGAUUACAAUUUCUUUAUUUUUAAUGCCUAAUGGAUUAAAGUUCCUAUUUAAUUUCAGUGGGCCUUGAUCGGGCUAUAAGUUGGAGCCAGGUCUUGCAGUCCUUCCACAUUUUAAUAUAGUAAUCCUAUUCUUACUCUUGCCACUGUUAUUUUAAUGAGAUAGCUUGCAUUAUUAUGAGCUGCAGAUUAGGAUUUCUGCUAUUCUGUUUUGCACUAUGCAGCUCAAAUUAAUUACUUAAUCAUAGAAGUAACCAUAUUUCAUUGGUGAAUAAAGCAAUGCAGUCUGUAUCAGCUUGUCAAGAAUUUCAGGAUUUUUUGGUGAAUGGAAAUGUUAAAAUUCAAUAUACAGUUGAUAUAUGUUUAUUAUUUGUGGGAUAAAAGGUUUUUUAAGAAAAUGUCACUUACUGUGUUACUCUGAGAAGUGAGAUGUGUACACAUAGGGGUUAAGUAUUUCACAGGGAGGUAUACAUAUGAGGCUAAAUCAAAAAGUCAGUGGAGAUGUCUGCAUGCUCUGCCCAGCCAGGUUGCAAUGCUCUCUGUGAGAUCAGAGCAAAGUCAGUUGUCAGUAGUGAAGAUCCUGUCUAUUAGGAUUCUUCUCUAGUUGCUUACUGUAAUGUGGGUGUCCAAUACAUUUCAUAACUGGAAUCUUUUUAAACAUGUUUAAGGAAGGUAAAACUUGGCCUUUCCACUUUUUCCCUGUGGUCAAUAACUUUUCAGUCUCAAUUUUUAUUGUAGGGUGAUGUCACUCAGCUAAAACAUGUAAGCAACAACAUUUGUGCCAUAGCUUUUAGAUAGCUACCGUAUUUUUUCCUUACUGUAAGAUAGAGAAAUAGGUUCUGCCAUGACCUAGACUCAAGCUGUUGCAAUCCUACAUUUAUCACCAAUCCUUUUAUUUAGAGAUGCAAACAUAAAACAAAAAUGCCUAGUGGUUUGAUAACGACACUGUCAAAAAAACCCAAGCAACUCCAGAUUUAAGCCUUAACAGAAUCUACGCAUAUCAGAAUAGUAUUCAUGACUUUUUGAUUUUGUCCCUGAUGCCUACUUUUUAAUUAUCAGUGCGCCACAACAUUUAAUUGUUUCCAGUUAGUUAUUUCUCAGGAGAUUCUUGAAGAAGUUUCCCAAAACCUCAAUAAAUCUAGAGCACAAUAAAUCUCUACAGUAACUUAGAUCCUGACCAAGACAGGAAUGCUGAUAUUGUAACAUAUACCACAUGUAUGUUAAAAUUUACCGUACUAGCAGUAGAUAAAAUCACUCCAUUUUAUGAUGAUUAACUUCUAAUGGUCAUGUUUGCAUUUAUCUUUUAAUGUAAUUCUUCAUAAAUGGCAGGAAAUACACAUCAAGAAUUCCAUGUCAGUUUUCUAGUGGUUUUCCCUCUGUCUCUCUUUGUAGAAUUAAUUCCUUUUGAUUUACAUUCAGAGACUCUGAUCUGCUCUGUGUUGGGUUCAAUAGCACCUGCAAAAUAAAUAUCUCUUCAACCAUUCUCUAUAUAUGAAGCCAUGUGUUUAGCUUCACUUGAUACUAAUCUUGUGAGGAAGAAAAUAGUUAUCUGAGUAAGAGUUAGUCCAUUCAACAAUGGAAAGACCCAUGCAACCACACAGUUUUCAAAAUGUAGGUCCCGAACAUCUCCCUGCAAGUUACACGAGUUUGGCACUGACUUCAGCAAGGGCAUCAUGCAAACUGUUUACUGACACUUAAGAUCAGUAACAGUAACACAAACAUCUAGUCUCAUGUGAUACAUCUUGUAAAUUAUUGGAACAUAAUUAUUCACCUGUUUCAGCAGACAUGUCAGUUUGAGCUCAUUCUUAGAGCUUUGUGGCUUUUCUUACCUGACCUAGCCAGCUUAAGGUGGCUGAUAGACAUGCUGUUGUCACAGCUUCUGAACAUGGUGUAAAUAUACCCCCAGGCUCCUCUGAAAAUGCCAGUGAUUAAAUGAGCAGGUUUUUUCAUCUAUUUCCUCCCCUUAAUUGUCUUAUCUGCUUUUUUUUUGUACUGUAUACGCUAUUAACGUACAUGCUGUUGCAGCCUUUAUUUGUUGUUUUUAAGACAUUGACAUGAAAGCAACCUGAGCAGAGCCAUCAGUACUUUUCAGUGUAAUAAAAAAAAUAAGGUCCUUUGUGUUCCUUCCUUACUGCUUCAGGAAAUCAAUCAUGCAACCUUUGCUAGAUAUUCUCAGCGGGAUGCUGGUUCCUCCUGCUCCCACACUGGGCUCUGAUAGACUGAAAAAGUGUAUUCCUGAACAGAUUCUGCCACGGUGUUGUGACAAAAGAUUGUGUUACUGGAAACUUGAGAAGCCUCUUUCAAAGUGUAAAACACAAGUUACUACAUCACAUUUGCACAUUAGUUCCUUGACUGUGUUUAGUUUCUAAAGUGUAGGCAGUAGGAAUUUAAGUGAUAUAAUAGUAUUUCUGAUUAUGCUGUUAAAGCUAUGAGGAUGCAUUGUGUGGGUAUUGGUGCUUAUUUGUGAUGUACCUGUGUUUGUGUGGUGCUGUUUGUGAGUAAAUCUGUGGAUUACAAAUCAGUUUAAGGAGCUGUAUAUUAUUCAUGACUUUCAGUAGGUCAUCCAUAGAUUACUGUCAAAGAAUAAUUUUGAGGAAAACUAGAUCUGUGAUGUCCAGGUUUAGUGAUCUCAGGAUUCAUAGAGCCAGAUGCAAUACACUAACACUACAGUUCUAAAAAAUAUACCUUAAUAUUUUUUUUGCUACUCACAACUUCUCAGCAUGGUAACAUACUUGAUUUGUGACACUGCUUUCAGUAUCUGCUUUGUUUGCAUCUUUGUUUCCUUCAGUUUCCCUGCCUUUCUUUCCCAGCCUAUGAAUAACUUAAGAAGAAUGAAGCAGCAGCUCAGGUCUUUUGUGCUUGAAAAUAAGAUUGAUUAAUUUUGCUUAAGAGGGGUGUUCCACUUACUUGCAUUACAUUAUUACAUGCUCUCUUCUCACUGGCUCUGCCAUUUCCCACCUGCUAAGGAAAACUCAUUAUACUGUAUAACAACUGUCACUGAUGUUUUAUAUCAUUAAAUAAAACAAAGAGAGACUUCCUACAGAGCAUGUUCACUUCUCUGGUAUCUCAAUUCUAUUAAGACAAUCAAAUACAAGUGAAAUAGCUAAACAUCCCAAAAUACACAUUUAGAUCUGGGAGAUGUACACAAACUUAUGCAAGUAAAGUGGUCACCUUUUUUGCUACUCUGUGAAAUUAAGAAAUGCCACUUUGAUGUUCUAAUUAUAUGGACAUGUAGAAAAUAUGAUAAGAAUACUGAUUAGUUUUUAAAAUGCUGUGGAAAAAUGAAAUGCAGGUAUCUAAUGUAUUCAGAAGCAUACAGCUGCAAUAUGUGCAAAUGGAAACUUUGGUAAGCAAUCAGAUUUUUGUAUUUGCAUCAUUAUCUGCAUGUACAGUUACAGCAUCUGCCAACAUAUUGCAUGUUUUAUGCAGUGACCUAUUUUAGCAUAUGUACGCGUUUUGAGUAUAUAUCCUUGUUAUAUAUCCUUGGACUUAUAAGAUCCAUGGACAGAGUGUAUCUUUGAGGUCUGCCAAAUAAAUCUCAGGUGUGGUAAUCUUCUACAUAACUUAAAUAUUCACUGGCAGGAGUGCAUAUUCUAAUCUGUAGGAAGAUUAGUAUAUCAGGAAUAAGAAUUGCCCUGUAGAUUUUAAAGAGCAAUCUUCCUGUGAAGAGCUACGCCACUGAGCAAUUACUGGCUAACAGCACUGUACAGAUUGCUCUGAGAAGACAUUUCAGUUUAUAUAAAUAUGUCCUGGACUAAGUAGUAAGCAGCAGAAAGCUAAAUUGAAAGAAAGAAAAAAAAAUGACUAAAAAUCACAUUACUGAGGGAACUCAUACUUCAAAGCCAUAAGACAAAAAUGCUCAGGGCCCACAAAACAAUACAGCAAUUUAGGGAUGUGAAUAAGUACUUUCUGAGAGAACAGCACAGUCUGCUUCAUUGCACAGAUAGUGGUACAGUGUGCACUGUACAGGUCUUAGCUGCCUUGAACAGCGAGCACUUCAUUGCCAUUAUAGCAAAGUCAUCAUAUGCUGAAAAAAGUCUGCCCGUGAAGGAGUUGCCUGUAGCUGAACCUGCUGCCUACUCCUAUUAUUUAAUGAAGUGAUGAAUGCUAUUGAUGCUUAGGCAGUUUAAAAAAAAAAACAGAUCCAAGCAGCGAACAUGCACCAACUUUUCGACCUGCCUUUGAGUUAUUAAACCUCCUGACUAAUUUGUCAUGUCACUGAUAAUCCUAUACCCUGUAUAUUUAAAAUUUUAUAUCGUGUACUGAAAAAAGUCAAUUUAUAAAUAGAAAUCUGCUUGAAAAUACAUAAGGCCGUAUUUAUUUUUAAUACUUACAGGGGAGUCCCUUAACUUUGUUCAUUGCAUAACUCAAAGAGAACGUGGAGGCAUUUAGGUCAAGUACAGCAAUACCAACUAGAAUGGCAGAAAAUUAAUUCAAAACUGUUUUUGCCUAGUGGUUUAAUAUUUGAAUAAAAGAUACUUUAUAAUACAGUGAUAUUCAGCAACAGCACUGCAUGACUAUACAUGCAUACUCCCCAGAAAAUUUUAUUUGGAAGUCCUGAAGCCAAUUAUGUGCCAUAGUAAAUAGAAAACAAAUUCUCUUCAUUUAUUUCUACUUCAUAGAGAAUAGAAAGGCUGACCAGAAAUUGAACUCUGCUUCUGUCUUCAUUACCAUGACCAUACAUGAGAAAAGAUUUUCUCUAAUGAUGGUCUGAUUUUGCCACUGAUUUGGCCUCCUGUGCUCAUUUUAAGGUCCUGAUAUGACACCUGCUGACAUCAGUGGUGAAUCUGCACUUGAUUUCAGGCCUGUGAGGUUAGGUCCUUCCACAUGUGUGAAAUAGGGGCAAACCUGGAUUAUUCUGGACGCCAAGCCUAUAGAUGUUCCUUUACACAAGUCCCAUGGAAUUAGUAAGGCUUGUUCAUAUAGUAAGAGGAAAGCACAGGUGUUUGCAUAUGCAGGGCUCUAUUUGAUAGCGGUUUUAUACCCAUUUUCCCUAAAUAUGUCUGCAAUAAACAUGAAUGCCAAUGCCAAUAAAAAGUACAGGGAACUUAAAUUACAUUACUUCAUGUCUAGUUUGUGUUGGUGACACUUGAUUAUUCAGUAUAUUCCAACAUACGGUGUUCAUCACUUGAGUACAUGCCACACCCUAGAUUGUUUUCUCACUGUAAUAGCCAUUUGCAGCCAUAAUAUGGUACAGGCCCUUAGAAUCAAGGUUGAUUUGAUUCUUUAGAAAUGCACCUUAUUGUUUAAAAGCAGGACCCCUGCUCUUCUAAUGUUUUAAACACUGUGAUCUUUCAGAAUGUGUUUAUUGCAUUAGUUUUGUAUUGUAGAUUAUAAUAGAAACUAGAUUUUAUAGCUUUUUAAAAGCAGUGAUAGUACUAAGCUUCAUAGUGGCAGAACAAACUGUGUAUAUUCAUAUUAUGAAUAUUAAAGCUGUGAUUAUAUUUUGCCUUAAAUAAAAGCCCAACCUUGAACAGUA